AUGGCUCCCCCUAACCCUCUAUUCACUCCUACCAUUAGGAAGUAUCUUGGCCCUGAUCUUUAUUACGCGAACCAACCAUCCUUCUUUGACAACGCUUUCUGCGGUCAUGACGAUUCAUCCAUUAUUCAGGAGGACCUUUUCGGUGCCAGGAUCGUCCACCGUACUGAGAUGGAUAUUGACUCGGAAGACAGCCGCCCUAAUUGUAAUGUUGAGGGGGACUCGAAUUUCUAUGGCCCAGAGUCUUCAAACACAAAUUCCACUCAUCACGUUUGCCUCUUCGAUCCUUUCGCGCUUGUUGGCUCGACUAUUGAUCCCGAACUUCUCUCCUCUAAUGGUUCAGCGGGCAUUGAAAACCACAUCAAGCAUGACACAACUGAGAGCGUGCUGUUGGAAACAGAAUCCACCACUUCCGACAGCAAAAUCAUGCAGGAUCAAAUUAAAGCCGAUUUCGAUGAGGAGAUGCUUCAGGAUGCGAUGGCCAUCCUAAAGUUCCAAAGUUUCGUUGUCUUAAGUGAGCAAGAUCGAGCUCACCUCAGAAAAGACAUUCCCAUAAUGAUGGACAAAUGGGCGACACAGGAAUUGGCGGAUACUCUCUUGGCCCUAGAGGACCAGUCUAUUGUUGACAGUAUAUACAAACUUCACCAACUUAUACUCUCUCGCAUCAAAGACUACCUGAAUAAGGCGACCUCUGAUUUCCUUCCACGAGCAUACCGAGGUGUUCCUGUGGUGGACUCGGACUUGACUUCUACCGAGCACCCAAGGCUUGAGGGGGAGUUUGACCUGGAUCUUCUUGGCAAACCUGGACGAAAAAAUCUUUUCUGGGCUUUCUUAAGACACGAGUUGAUGAGCAAGGUUCGCCUUUAUGUUGCGAUUAUCCAUCAUCGCUACAGGCCUCGAGUCGAACUGAGUCGACGAGGAGGCCAUAAGUUUCUACCAUGGGAGGACGAAGCCAUCAGGUGUGUUCAGACAUAUAUACAGACUCUGUAUACAGCCUUCUUUUCUGAGUGGUCUGGAGCUGAGGUGCCGGAUCCACCACCCCCGGGACUUGGACGCUCCAACAGCAUAGUCUGCGAGACGACCCAAUGGGUAGAAGCGCUCACAGACGAUAAGUCCGUAUGCGCCAUGGCCGCAGCAAGGCUACCGAGUUAUGGUCUUGAACCCAUCAUGAGCCUUAUGGACGAGAGACACAAGCAGCAAGGCCAAGAAGCUUCCAUUGAGCCUGCACUGUCUCUUAUCAGAAAUGCCAACUUCCGUUGUGACUAUGAUCGCGCCCACAAAGAAACUGUCUCAGGAAGUUUUGACAGAAAGAGGGGCUUGUUUCCAGAAUUAUGGAACGACAUCGUACUUCGUCAUGGCACGCCUCGCAAUUUUACGCAAGAGAAUCUUGCCCUACUCCGACAACGCGCAUGGGUUUUCUUCUGGGGUUCUCCAGCUCAUCCUCAGCGUGAGGCUUUACUCAACAUAUCUCAGGAGGGGGGCACUGGAUUCUCUGGUCUUAAGGGAUGGGAACGUUCUUUCUUUCAAGGAGGGCCCGCAAAUGCAGAUUCAGAAGAGAUGGAUGGAGGUUACGUUUUAGGCUCAUUCACUGUGCAACAGACUUAA